AUGCAGGGGCCCACGACAUCGACCACCAUGAUGCUGUCUCGUCAGCUCGUGCGGCGCCAGCCCAUCACCGCUGGAGCUGUCGCGAGAAUAGUCGCGCAAAGAACCUAUGCCACCCCAUCCGGCCCGCCGCCACACGGCUUCCGCACACCUCGACCGAAGCGCUGGGACGAAGAGAAGGAGAGCACCCUCGACCGUGCAGGCAGGUUCUUCCUCAUGACUGAGAUGUUCCGGGGGAUGUACGUUGCGUUGGAGCAAUACUUCAGACCACCAUACACCAUCUACUACCCUUUCGAAAAGGUUUGUCGCAUCCACCAUACAGCGGUUCCCUCGAUCGAUGCUUUCAAAUUCGACAACAAACAUCUCCAGCCAGAGCCAACGACAGGGGACAUUGAGAGCAGAGCAAAGGCUGAUAUCUGCCCGGCACAGGCUAUCACCAUCGAAGCGGAGGAGCGAGCUGAUGGUUCCCGGAGAACAACUCGCUACGAUAUCGACAUGACCAAGUGCAUCUACUGUGGCUUCUGCCAGGAGUCAUGCCCCGUGGACGCCAUUGUCGAGUCACCGAAUGCCGAGUACUCCACGGAGACCAGAGAAGAGCUGCUGUACAACAAGGAGAAGCUACUGGCAAACGGAGACAAGUGGGAACCUGAGCUUGCUGCAAUCAUCAAAGCCGACUCUCCAUACAGAUAA